AUGAAAGCCGAAAUUCUCAAUCUUUUCCGUUUAUUCAAGUCUAAGCCGUCAAAAGACUCCCCGGAGUUUGGUCUGCUCGGGCGAGAACAAGGCAAGUACCUGUCGAAGACACCCUCCGUCGACAAGUUAGAUGCCGCGUCGACCACCUGGCGCCAGCGGAGACGACAGAAUGCAUGCAAUUCAGCGCUCCACCGCCUGCCCAACGAGCUCUUGUUUAUGAUUUUCCGCGAGUCCGACUUCCUGUCCCAGCAAAUGAUUCGACAGACGUGCCACCUCUUUGCGGCUCUGAUUACAGGCUUGGGUGGCAGUCGUGCCGGACAGAGAUUUGAUGGCACAUACGAUGUACGCCAGAUCUGGCCACGCCAUGGAUCUGCAGCCCGCCGCAAGGCGAUUCGGCCGGAGUGGGCCGCACUGACCCGCCGGGACAAGGAGGGUCUGUGCACGGAUUGUAUGGAGUUUGAACUGUCGGGCCAGCUCAACGAGCGUCUCAAGUGGCUCGACCUGUUACUGUGGUGCAGCUCCUGUCAGACGUACCACAAGCGCGGCAUGUUUCCGGCCUCCCACCGCCGUAAGAUCAAGGCUGAACGGAGUUGCAUUGGAUGGCAAGGCCGCUGGCGCAUCUGCCCGCACCGCAGCCUCUCGUGGGGUCGGCUGGUAAAGGAAUGGGCGAUGUGUCGGUUGGUAGGCGAAUGGGAGACUUGUACGCUAUAUGGCUGGCGGGGCGCGGAGCUGUCGCUAUUUGCGUGCGGCGAGGGGUGCGCCGUUGCAGGAGGCUGUACCAACGGGGACAACCGCGUGCCGAAGAUGGACACUGUCAAUUAUGCCUAUCCCGUCGACUGGAGCGAGGAACACGAGCGAGAUGGGCCUCGACACUCGGUGGGCACAUUGUGGCGCGCCGCUCUCUUUGACGUGGACCCGUCCAAGCCGCUCUCGUUGCGGUCUUUCCAGGAGAAACUCGACGACCUGGGUAACAGAAACAAUAAACGCGCCUCGGGGCCGUCUCUCUGCCCACAUGUCCGCUUCAACGACGGCAAGCUCCUUCGUCCGCUGCAGGCGCCUCAUUGUCUCUGCUUUCCCAGAGACGACAACAGCGACAACAACAGGACCAAAAUGGACCGAGGUCCUGGGUAUCCCAUGCAGCAGCACGCGUACGACUCGGACACGUGCCAGUGGCACUGUGCCUGUCAUGGCGCAGGCCAAAACCACGCCUCGCUGACGCGACCGACCAAGCCCGACGGGACGCUCUGGGAUGGCUGCGCGCUCCGGGACAUCUGGGGUGCUUUUGACUUGGCGAAUCAAUGGCGCUCUAACCCGAACCACUUACACGAAUUCCAGUGCUCGGUGUGUUACGUCCGGUAUUCUUGGCUGCGGGAUGGAAACACCAUGGUCCUGCAACACCUGAGCUGGUGUGGUCCGACGGAGAAUCCGAACGGGACGUGGAUUCGGAAACUCGACCCGCACUCAUGGAACAUCACCAAAGACAACAAGACAAAGCACGUCUAUUGGUGCCCCGACAGCACCUGCCGGACAAACCACGAAUGGCGGGCACUCUACAAGCGUCUCGGGGUGUAG